UCCGAUGUGUCGCGUUAAAUGUUACAUGGGUAUAUGGAAGUUAACUUCGGUUGGCUAAGCAAAUAUUUUAUUUUUAAACUCGAGUUUAAAAUUAAAUGUAAACCAUAUCCUACCUAUGAUUUUCCAUUUUACACUUGCUACAUUUUGAUGUUUUAAUUCAAUGACGGAUUUAUUGUUUACAUACUUGGGCAUUUUAGUUUUAUAAGGAUACUUGCAGACACAAAUAAAGGAAGAAAUGUGGAUUUCAAUCAUGUUAUAUCUGUUGACGAUACAUGUUUGCAAGGGUGGCGCACAGUAUCUGGCCUCCAGCCGGUUAAUCCAGGAGCUGCGGACCGGAUAUGAGCGUCAUGUACCUCCCACGCGCUCUUUCGACUCCCACGUGUCCGUCCGUGUGUACCCGUCCAUCAUCCGUAUCGACGGGCUGGAUGAAAGCCGGGAGGCGUUGUCUGUGACGAUAAGUCUCUCAAUGAAUUGGUCUGACCAGCGUCUGACGUGGAACCCGGCCCAGUAUGACGGUGUCCAGAAACUAUUUUUACCAGCGGACACAAUUUGGCUGCCUGACGUCGGCGUUCAUAACUCAGUGGAUGGUCUCAUCUCCGAGCCAAGCGCUAGUCACCUAGUCGAGGUCUCACAUGUCGGCCAUGUCCUUAUGGUCUCCGUUAUGCACGUGCAAACGUACUGUAAAAUGACGUUGACAGACUUUCCACGAGACGUUCACGUUUGUGACGUCAUCAUUGGAUCGUGGAUUUACUCAGCUAAAACCCUGAUACUCGAAUCCUGGAACGGGAUGACGGUGAUCGAGCAGGUGCCUGUUUCCUCGGAUAUUGAUGACGUCAUACCAUCACGUGACGGGCGGUCCUGGAUGUUGUUAGGCCGUGCUGCGUCCGGCGCCAUUAAACUCGUUUCGUACGAUUGUUGUCCAGACGAACAUUACGUGCAACUGACGAUGACGUUGACGUUACGUCGACACGCGCCCUCCCUCUGGCUGACGUUAGUAGUUCCGCUGCUUGUACUGUCGUUCAUGACCGCAUUGCAGUUUGCCGUCCCCGCCGGAAACCCUUACAGGCCCAUCCAUGGUAUGUUGGUUCUCCUGGCGGAGAUGAUGUACGUUCACUCCAUGUUCUCCUACAUACCGGACAGCGUCGACCCUCCUAUCAUAGUUAAACUGGCGGUCGCCAACGUUAUGUGCGCUGCCAUUGCCCUCUGUGUCUCCCUGUUAGUCGGUCACGUGACAUCCACUUCCGUACGACAGCGGAAAAGGCUUCCACCACUGUUGGCCAAGAUUGUUGCCAUGACAUCAUGCUGCUCAACACAAGGUGACGGGCUUCCAAGAUCACCAUCGCGUCCUGAAAAUGCUCCUACUACUGAAGAUGAAACGAGCACUUUAUUUCCCCUGAAUAACGCGAAUACACCUAAUAACGAUGUCGAAUAUAACGAGGUAGAACUUACAGAUAUAGCUGAUAUUAAAACUCCAAACACUGAAAAUAACAACGUGUUUUCUACGUUAGAACGAGAAGUAAGAAAAAUAAAUGAAAGGUUAAAAGAAAGGCUAGACAAGGAAUUAUUAGCGACACAGUGGAAUAUGUUUUCUUGCUGUAUAGAUAGGGUGUUUUUCUGCUUAUUCCUAAUUAUUGUAUUUGUUAAUUUGAUAACUGUAUUUGUGUUAUAGAUAUAUAUCUAAAUUUUACAUAAGUGCAUAGGUUGCGAACAUAUCAUAUGUUUUAUUAUACUAGAGAGUUUAUUAUUUGAAUAUUAUAUACACAUAUGUGUUUAUUAUGAAUAUCUACACAUAAUUAACACUUUUCAACCAACCCAAUGUUAACGAAAGUGAUGACGGCAUUAAAAGAUAAACCACGUGCUUACCGUGUUCAUUUUUUGAAGGCUUAAAGGUGACAGCUUUCAACCCGCAGACCUCAGCACGUUAUAACCAUUAUUAUA